GAAUGUGGGGAGGGGCUGCCUUUAAGAGCUUUUCCAAAGCAGGAUCCUGUGAUGUGGAAGGGGCAGGGACCAGGAGACCCUCUGGGUCCCUGGAGCACCUUGGUAUGAAACACUCUGGAAACAGAGACUCAAGUCAAGGCCCUGGAGAAGUGAACAUCUCCUUCUGGACACCCCUUCCCUGGUGGGUGACUGGGAGCAGAGGCCACUGGACCCAUCUGUGGACAUCAAGAUUUCCAGGGACUGUGCCUGGGCCACAGGGGCCUAUUUAUUUGUCUAUUAUUUAUUUAGCAGAACUGAGGAUGGAGCCCAGGGCCCUGGGCACACUAGGCAAGUGCGCUACCCACUGACUGGAUCCCUAAGCCCUCUCCAGGCUCUCUUGCCUCAGGGCCUCCCAGGCAGCCCUGGCUCUGAGAAGCUGACUUGGUAGUCCUGCACUCUUCAAGCAGGUCUAUGGUGUAGGCUGGAGGGCUGGAUUGUGUUAGCUCUAUUCCCUCAUGGCCAGGUUCACCAGCUUCUGGACACCAGUCACGGUGUCGGACUGGAUCCCUGAGAUACAACAAUCUAGGAACAUCUCAAGUGGAUUAGACUUGAGGUUUUGGAGCAGUUAGAGUUCUCUGGGCUUAUGACCACAGAAGACCCAAGUAUGAACCACACAUGAUGGUGCAUGCCUUGCUAGGCUAGGGCAGGGGGGAUGGUUUACGAGUUUGAAGCUAGUCUGGGCUACCUACCAAAUUUAGUGUCAGCCUAAAUCACACAUUGAGACCUGGUACCAAACUAAAUAAAUAAAAGAGUCAGAUGUGAGGCUAGUGAUGCAUGCCAGCACUCCAGUGGUAAAGGGGAAAGGAAAAAGGAAAAGACAGACUGGAUGAGAGGCGGAGGCAGGAGGAUGGGAAGUUCAAAGUCACCUUUGGCUACAUAGGGAAUUUGGGCCAGCCUGGGCUGUACAGGAUCCUGUUUCAGAGAAAGGGGGUCAGGGAGGCCUAGCAGAGUCCUGGGGGAAGAGUACCCACACCAGGAAUCAAGAGACAGGCAGGCCUUGGUUGUGGGUCUUGUACCUGGAACAGCCAGCCUUUGAAGCUGUCCCAGGGUCCUGAGCUAGGCCACCUCCCCUUCACUCUAACUCUGACCUAUUGUUUUGCAGACCCGGAACUGUGGCCCAGUUCAUACUCUAGAGUCCCACUGGUCACUCAGCCCUCGAUUUUCAGAGCCUAGAAUAUUCUACCUGCCCAGCUCCUCUGAGACUCUGGGAUCUGUCUUUCCUGACUGAAAAUUCUUGGGGGCUCUGCCCACACCAGUCUUCCUCACACCCAUUCGUCACCAAAGACUCGGGGUUACCUUUUAUUUAUAUAUUAGUUUGUUUUAAAGCAAAGGUCUUUUUUUGUUAGUUUGUUUGUUUUUUUCGAGACAGGGUUUCUCUGUGGUGUUUUGGUGCCUGUCCUGGAUCUCGCUUUGUAGACCAGGCUGGCCUCGAACUCACAGAGAUCCUCCUACCUCUGCCUCCCGAGUGCUGGGAUUAAAGGCAUGCGUCACCACCGCCCGGCCAAGCAAGGUCUUGAAAUGUAGCCUUGGCUCGCCUCAAACUCCCUUGUAGACCAGGCUGGCUCAGCUUUGCACUCACAGAGAUCCCCCUGCCUCUGCCCCCAAGUGCUGGGAUUAAAGGUGUAAGCCACCACAUCUGGCUUUCAAGGAUACCUUUUAAACUAAAAUGUUUAGUAAAUUGAAAAGUUGUUUUUCGUGCUGUGGGAGAUAGAACCUGGGGCCUCCCAUGUACUCGGCAAAUCUUCCACCACUGAGCUAUAUCCCCAGCUUAUGGAUACCUUUUAAGGUCACAAAGGUAGAGGGGUGGAUCCCCUAGGGCUGAGACUGAAGGGGCUGGAAGGGUGGGGAGGCCACUGGUACCUCAAGAGCAACAGGAUCUGAUGGCCACACAGUCCCCACAGCUUGGCUCAACUUCCCUUCUGCUCUUUCACCAUCCAGGGACCUGAGGGGACAGAUUCUAGUGGUGUAGUCUCUCUGGCAUGGGGUCAGGGGUGAGGCUGCAUCCUACAUACCUGUUUAGGAUCCCCUCCCAGGUCCGUCCCUUCCCUCAGGGCUAACCGCCAGAGAGUUCAGGGUUGGGGUGGGAGGCCAGGAGCAGCAAGUAGGUGGAUCAGUGAGCCCGAUCAGUCCAGUGCAGGGCCAGGAGACUUCAGCCUUAGGUCAGAUGUCCAGGUGCAGCCCGUAAGUGAACCAUCAUCUCAGGGGAGACACAGGCUAGCACCUGAGAUCUGCUUUAAGGCUGCUGGCCAGUCCUCCAGGGAGGAAAUGGCUUCCCUUAAGGACUAGGCUCAAAUCAGCUCAGGAGGGGCUGAGACCCCUGACCCGGGCCACUAAGUUCCCCUGCUUAGAGGGAUCUUCUCACUGACUUUUCAAGGGCAAUCCUGCCCUUUCAACCAAAGUAACUGGAGUACGCAGGGCAGUGUGCGGUCAUCCCUCCCCACCACACCUACUUUUCCCAAGUUUGCCUGGCACUGUGGUUGAAAGCAGCCACAUCUAAGGACGCAUGACCUAGGACAGGGGCUACCCCUGAGAGUUCAGGUGCUCCCCUGUCAGCUCCUGUAAAUGGCAGCGGGGUCAUGACACUCCCAGGCCAGUCUUUUGGACACCUCACACCCUGUGCCAAGGCCAAGCUCGGUGGCUCAGAACAGGAUGUCCCAUUCUUCCCUGUCUAGAGUGUUCACUCUCAGCUGCCCCACCCUUCCCCAAACAAGGAAGCUGCACAGGAUCGGGCGGAGCGGGACGUUUUUGGUGUUCAGCAGGUGUGGGUGGGCGGGGCCUUCACCACACACACCAUCUUGAUUUUCUGAUGAGCUAGGGGCUGAUGGGGGGCAGGAGAUGGUCCAGAUCUGAGUUGUUGACCUAGAUGAAGGGGUACAGACAGUGCCCUCAUGCCUGCCAGACUCCAGAGCUCUGCCAACGUCCCUCCUGUCCCCUCCCCUGUAGCCCUUCCUGUCACUCAACCUUGUGCAACCCUGACCUGGGGGAGAAAGGGACAGAAAUCUUGCCAAGUAUUUCAGCAGGACAUGCUGGCAAUUGCCUCACACUUCCUGGACUUGGUAAAGAAUGGACCCCCCCACAGCACGAGGGCUGGCAGCCAGGUGGCCCAUAAAGAGUCUCCCUGGGGAGUCCUCCUCAUUCUCUUCCUCCUCCUCCUCCCUACUGGACCCAGUCCAGUCACUGCUGAAACCAUGGCCCUGGGUGUCCUGUGUCUAGCACUUACCCUGCUUGGGGUCCUGCAGAGCCAGGCCCAGGACUCGACUGAGAACUUGAUCCCCGCCCCAUCUCUGCUCAAGGUCCCCCUGCAGCCAGGCUUCCAGAAGGACCAGUUUCAGGGGAGGUGGUAUGUUGUGGGCCUGGCAGGCAAUGCGGUCCAGAAGGAAGAAGAAGGACGCUUUACGAUGUACAGCACCACCUAUGAUCUGCAAGAGGACAACAGCUACAAUGUCACUUCCAUCCUGCUCAGGGACCAGCGCUGUGACUACUGGAUCAGAACUUUUGUUCCAAGCUCCAGGGCUGGCCGGUUCACCCUGGGAAACAUUCGCAGUUAUCCUAAGGUACGGAGCUACAAUGUACAAGUGGCCGCUACCGACUACGACCAGUUUGCCAUGGUAUUUUUCAAGAAGAUUUCUGGAAGAAAGCAGUACUUCAAAAUCACCCUUUAUGGAAGAACCAAGGAAUUGCCCGCUGAACUGAAGGAGCGCUUUGUCCGCUUUGCCAAGUCUCUGGGCCUUACAGAUGACCAUAUCAUCUUCUCUGUCCCCACCGACCAAUGCAUUGACAACUGAACAGGCGUCUCUUAGGUGCCUCCUGUCUGUCCCCAGCCCCAUCUUUCCUGUUUCCAGAGAGCCACCUGCUUACCCCACCAGCCACGAUACCAGUGAGCACCAGAUGACUCUUCUUAUUGGGCAGCACUGCCCAGCCACCUGUCCCAGUGACAUCCCCUUGUCUGCUAAAUAAAUGCAUGCCUCCA